AUGGAGGGCCACCUGAGGCAGCUCAGCCUGGUCAGGGGGCCCGAGGGGGCCGGGGACAGCCAGGCCCUGGCUAAGCUGCAGGAGCUGGCCCUGAUGUGGUUCACGGAGACGCAGGCCCCCCUCAUUUUGCAGAAUGGAGCCCUGCCCCACUGGUUUCACGGAUUCAUCACCCGCAAGCAGACAGAGCAGCUGCUCAGGGACAAAGCUCUUGGCUCCUUCCUCAUCCGCCUCAGCGACCGGGCCACCGGCUACAUCUUGUCCUACAGGGGCAGUGACCACUGCCGGCAUUUUGUCAUCAACCAGCUCCAAAACCGGCGCUACCUCAUCUCAGGGGAUACCCAGAGCCACGGCACCCUGGCUGAGCUCGUGCGCCAUUACCAGGAAGUGCAGUUUGAGCCCUUCGGGGAGACCCUGGCUGCUGCCUGCCCCCGGGUAGAGAACAGUGAUCUAUAUGACGCCAUCACCCUGGGCCUCCAUCAGACCAAUCUGGGCCUGGAAAACCCACCUGCUGCAGUGUCCCCCACGGUGGUCCCAGACAAGGUUGCCAGCCCCCACCCCUCUUCAAAGCCCCAGGUGUCCUUCAUCUACAAAAAGAAGAGCCUAGAUGCAAGCCCCUGGAACCUCCCCAAGGAAGAAAGCAUGGAGGCCCCCGUCAAGGUGCCUCCCCUCCCGGAGAGGAGUGCUUCCCUUCUGGAUGAGUCCUUUGGAGGCCCCAACAACAUCAUCUAUGCAGACCUGAGAAGGAUGAACCAGGCACGGCUAGGCCGGGGCACAGAUGUGUCUGGCAGGCAGGGGCCAGUUCCAGCCAGCAGCCAGGCCUUCUCCCCAGGCAAGGAGGCCCUGAGGAGACUCUCAGAUGGAAGCCAGAACAAGCCUGAUGGCCCAGGACCUGCCCUCUCUGGGGUGAGCUCAGACCAGGGCCCUAGAGUGUCUCCCACUUCUUGGGGCCUUCUCCUGCCCCCCAGUUCUGAGGCUCUAGGAUCCUCAGCUGCUACCUGGAGUAGGGGUCAGGGGUCUCCAAAACUGAGCCGUUCUGCAGACAUCUAUGAGCUCAUCUGGGCAGAAGGCCUCCUAGAGGAGGCCAGGGAUGUGCCAGACCAAGAAGGCAGCAGUACCUACGAGCAGAUCACAGUCUGCUGGGGUGGCCCAGCCAGGCCCGCCUAUCCUGGAGCAAGUCCCACAUAUAGCAAGCUUUCAGGGUCCACAGACUGUGGCUAUGAGAGGAUAUUGGGGGCCCCAGAGCUCCCAGAGCCCGGGAACACCUAUGAACAAAUCCUGGCAGCCAGGAGCAAGAAGACUGGACGGAGACAUAAGCCUGACAAGCUCCGGAGGCUCUUCUUCACAGGCAAGAAGCGCAAAUCCUGA